ACGAAGUCAACGUGAUUCAUUCAAAUAAAACAGGUUGUCGCUGUCUGAUUUGUAUUAUUUACGUGUUGUACCUAAUUCAUCGCUAACGUGUCUCGUUGGUUCUAUUUGUGUAAACAAACAUUACGUACUGAUAAGCAAUCAUGAUUUUUCUAAUAUGGACGGGUGUGAUAUUGGCCAUAAUUUACAUAUAUCUUCGGCAAAUUUACUCAAGAUUCACAGCAAAUGGAGUUCGCCAAAUCGACCCGAUUCCCCUUGUUGGGAACAUGUGGCCAGUUAUUGCGAGGAAAUACCAUUUUGUUUAUGAUUUGGAGAAAUAUUACAACACAUACCCUAAUGAAAGAUUCGUUGGUAAAUUUGAGUUUAUGAAUCCAGUUGUACUAGUGAAAGACAUUGAUUUGAUAAAGAAGAUAACUAUAAAGGAUUUCGACUAUUUCCUCGACCAUCGUGGAUUCACAGACGAGGAGGUAGAGCCUAUAUUCGCGAGAAACCUAUUCUCUUUGAGAGGUGAAGAAUGGAAAGAUAUGCGGUCCACAAUGAGUCCAGCGUUCACCAGCUCUAAGAUAAAAGUGAUGGUUCCCUUCAUGGAGGAAGUCGGCAACCAGAUGAUACGCGCUUUGAAGAAGAAGAUUGAAGCAGCUGGAGGUGGUGCAAUAGAAGUCGACUGUAAGGACAUCACCACACGUUUCACCAAUGACGUCAUCGCGUCCUGUGCUUUCGGUCUCAAAGUGGAUUCCUAUGAAGGAAACAAUGAGUUCUAUGAGAUGGGGAAAACAGCAUCCCAAUUCAAGAUACGUCAGAUGAUGAUGUUCUUUGCGUACACAGCUUUCCCUGGCCUUGUUAAAAGGCUAAAAAUGACGCUGUUUUCAAAAGCAACUACUCGUUUCUUCACACAAUUGGUGAUGGACACCAUGAGCAAUAGAGAGGCUAAUAAAAUAAUCAGACCUGACAUGAUACAUCUUCUUAUGGAAGCUAAGAAAGGUCGACUGAAUCAUGAAGAGAAGUCUAAAGAUGCUGUCAGUGACGCAGGCUUCGCUACCGUGGAGGAAUCCUCUGUUGGAAAGAGAACAAUACAAAGAGAAUGGACGGACAACGACCUGAUCGCCCAAGCAGUGCUCUUCUUCAUAGCUGGCUUUGAAACCAUAUCUAUUGCUAUGUCAUUUGCUCUGCACGAACUCGCGUUACACCCAGAGAUUCAGGAGAGACUGGCGAAGGAAAUAAGAGAAGAUGCAGCGAAAAAUAAUGGCAAAAUAGAAUACAAUUCCAUACAGUCCCUGCCGUACUUGGAUAUGGUGGUUUCAGAGGUGCUCAGGCUUUGGCCCCCUGGUUUCCAGCUGGACAGAGUUUGCGCAAAAGACUACAACAUGGGAAAGCCUAAUAGCAAAUCCACCAAAGAUUUCAUUAUCCGUAAAGGGGAGUUUGUGUUAAUACCAAUGUGGUGCAUCCAUCGCGAUCCCGAAUUCUUCCCUAAUCCUGAGAAAUUCGACCCCGAACGCUUCUCAGAGGAGAAUAAAGAUAAAAUCAAUCCAAUGACGUAUAUGCCGUUUGGUGGUGGACCCAGGAAUUGUAUUGGUUCAAGAUUUGCACUGCUGGAACUAAAAAUGCUAAUUUAUCAAAUUAUUCUACACAUGGAUGUAUCACCUUGCAAUAAGACGUGUAUACCAAGCAAGCUCUCGUUGGCAAGCUUUAACCUAGGUCUUGAUGGAGGACAUUGGCUGAAUUUCAAAAUAAGGCAGUAAACGGAAAAAUUAGUAAAACUUUAGAUAAAUUUUCAUGGAGCAGAAAUUGCUCUUUAUCUAAGAAUAUAAUUUUAAGUAGACAUAUUAAGGACAAAAUUUGUUUUGGAAAGUUUUAAACGUUAGUCUUAAACUGGGUGUAUUUUAUGCUUGGAUAAAGUUAGAUAAUAUAAGAUCGUUCAUUAAUCAUAAUUAUGAGAUUCUAAUUUGCAAAAAUCACUAUUAAUCUAAAGGGUGAGGUGAUAAUAUUAUUUUUUGUUUUUGUUUAAGUAUAUUGUUUUAUCAAUGGAUGUAUAUUGGUGGGCAUUGAGAGUGUAAAGCCCCAAAAAGUAAAAAUCACCAGGGGGUGAAAACUAAAAUUAAAAUAAAAUUUUACUUGAUUAAUAAAAAAGAUAUUUUUAAUAAAUACUAAAUAAAUAUUUUUAUAUUAUUCUGUGAUAUGGAUGUUAUUAGGUAUAAGAUAUUAUAAUGUAAUAAUAAUUUCUUCAAAUUUUAAAAUAUAUG